GCUCGCCCGAUUCCCUCUAAUGGAGUCCAGAUACUUGCGAAAUCCCAUCUUUUGCGCACGAUAUCUCUAACCCAUUCCGGACUCUUCUUCCAAUUGUACAUGUAUAUAUCCCUUAGCGGUGCUGAUUGAUUGAAAUGCAUGUGCUGUAUGGAUAGGCAGGCGGGGAGAGGAGAGAGAAGGGUGGGGAUUGGGGCGACGGAGAGCUAAGAAAUGAGCGUUUGUUUGCGGCGCGGGGGUUCGGAAUUUUGGAUCGGAGAUUGGUAGUGGAGUUCGCUUGUGUGGAGUGAUUUAGGGUAGGUUUCUGAAGAUUGGGGGAGGAUGAGGGUUUUGAGUGACUCGUGGUGUUUCUGCAAUGGUGGGGGUAAGUCGGAGAGAAUGAAGGCUGGCAUUUUCUCCGGGAAGGCUCCGGCGAUGGCGAGAGUAAACGGCGGGGGCACAGGAUUCCUGAUCCACCGGAAUCUGCUUCUGACGACCCACGCGAAUUUGCCGUCAGUUGCCGCCGCUGAAGCGGCCGAGAUCCGAAUCCACAAUGGCCUGUCCGCCGCCCUGGUUCCUCAUAGGUUCUUCAUAACUAGCUCGGUUCUUGAUCUGACAAUGGUUGGCCUUGAUGCCAUUGAUGGAGAGUCGAAUGCUCCCCCCCUAUUGCAAUCUCAUUACUUGAAAACUUUUUCGAAACCAAAUCUAGAGUUGGGAAAUGCGGUUUAUCUUAUGGGGUACACAGAAAAACUGGAGCUGAGCGUUGGGGAAGGAAAGGUUGUAAUAGCUACAGAUAAUCUGAUAAAAUUAUCGACUGAUGGAGUGACUUGGAGCCCGGGAUCUGCUGGUUUUGACGACCACGGAAAUCUUGCUUUCAUGGUAUGUGAUCCUAUGAAGCUUGCAACUUCUCCAAAUACCAAAUCCUCCUCGACUUCAACGUCUUCCACAUCUUCAUGGAAGAAAGACUUCCCAAUGCAAUUCGGUAUCCCUAUUCCUGUCAUCCUUGAUUGGCUACACCAGCAUUGGGACGGAAACCUCGAUGAACUUAACAAACCAAAGUUACCUCUGUUGAGAUUGAUGUCAUCCGGCCAGAAAAGCGAGCAUUCUUGCGCAUCAUUCACAAUGCGCCGGGUUUUUAAGUCAGCUGAAGGUGAAAAUGAGGCUGGAUCAUCGCCAUCCAUUGUGAGAUCUAAACAAACAGAGCAGCCCGGACCAAGUUCAGCAAUUGUUAAUGCUAUGGAAGACGAAAACUUUACUGGAGAUUCACAAGGUGCUUGUGCUACAAGAGAGGCCGGUAUUCCAACCCCAGAAAUUUACGAAUCCCGAAUGUUGUCUUCAGCUCCAGUUAAGGCAAAGGAUGUCGCCCAGGUUCAGCUCUUGGAUAUCAAUUUCCCACCGAGGACUGCCAAAGCCUCAAUACCGCCCAAACCAUCCAAGAAAAUGGUGCCGAAAUCUGAUCAAAACUUCGGCAAGGAUUCCCUGAAGCAGCCACCGAUGGAAGCAGCACAAAAUGUGCCAGCCGGAGCUGCGCCAGAUGCUGAAUCCACCGGCUCUGUCAAUGGCGGCCGGAGCGAGGCCCAAUCCCAAUCCAGCUCUUCCCCUGUCGAAAUCUCGGGGCUGCAGCAGCAUGAAUGCAGCAGCGAUGGAGAAACCACCAUGUACUCUGCUGAAACAGCCGAAAGUCGAAACAUUCCGAGCCCUGUGGGAGGGAGGCUCAAGGGAGUCGGAAGGAGCCAAAGCUGUGUGAACUACAACAACCGAUGGGGGACAGGGCAGAAAACCGUGGUCGCCCGGGGAGCUUUGUUGGAGAAGCACCGUAGCUUCACCCAAGUAAGGAAGGUUUGUUCGCAAGGCGCGACCUCUCAGAGGAGCAACGAUUACUUCAGCCCCACACUGUCAUCGCUGAUGAAGAAACGGAACUUGGAACAGCAGCAAAACAGGCCGCUGCCGCCUCCCCCUCCUCCUCCCCGGCAGAGUGCCGUCCAAACAUCUCCCAGGUGGAUGUUUUGACAAUUAUCUUCUUCUUCCAUAGGUGAAAGGUACUACUUACUACUUGGUACUACUACUUCUUUGAUAUGUGGGCUGCUGCAUUGCUCUACAUCUUUUACUGUGCCUGCUAUAUACAUACCUGUAAUUAAUAAGUGCUGUGGUUAAGAACUGAGACUGUUUUUAUUUUUAUUUUUUCGAUUUAUUUGAAUUGGGGUACAAAAAGGAUGUUCCUUUUCAUCUCCAAACUGCUGCUGCUGAGAUUAUUCAUUUGCUUCUGGAAAAAGACAAUUUAUUAUUAUAUUUUUUUUCGAACUUCUUAUAAGGUG